AUGGCGUCUCCUGCCUCGUCGUCUUCCAGCGCAUCCAGCAGCUCGUCCUCCAUCCACCAUGCGAGCCUCGUCGAUCCCGCCCUCCACUCCCCCGUGCUCCUCGAGCUCAUUGACGUCAAGGUCAACCGUCAGGUCAUCGAAUAUGUAGUCGACUGUGUAGCAGAGACCGUUGACUAUGCACUUGGCCGGCCCUCUUCCUCCCGCGGCAGGUCAACAGAACGCCGCUCGGACCUGUCCAAGUUCACGACCUUCGCCACCAACGUCCUCCAGCGCGCAGAGGUCUCCAUGCCCACCCUCCUCGUCUCCCUCGUCUACGUCUCCCGCGCCAAACCCCACCUCCACAUCGGCCUCGAGCAAUGGGCCCUCGAGCGCGUAUUUCUCGGCGCUCUUAUCGUGGCGUCCAAGUACCUGAACGAUUCCACACUGAAGAACAUCCACUGGGCGCUCUGCACGGGCGUCUUUGGCAAGCGCGACAUCGGGCGCAUCGAGCGUGAAUACCUCGACGUCCUUAACUUUGACCUCAAGGUCUCCGAGGACGACAUCCUCAAUCACCACCAGGGCCUUGCCGCGCUCACAUCCGCCACCCUCUCUCCACGCCAAGUGCUCAAGAGCUUCACCUCAUCAUCAUCACCAGCAUCCGCAGCGCCCGAGCACGUACACACACAGCGCCGGCACCACUCGCGCAGACGGGACUCGCCGCCCUCGCGCGUGCCCGAGCUCGAGACAGACUCCUCCGCCUCAUCACCCUCCUCCGACUCAUACUACUCUCCGCGCACGCCCGAUCUCAUGGACAUCGACUCCGAGGCGCGCGUGCACACAAAGUCCGGGUCGACAUCAUCUUCGGCGUCAUCAUCGUCAUCGUCGCCCUACCGGCCCAAAUCGCACCACAAAUCGCACCACUCAACAACAACACACGGGCCGCAAAUACACCAGCAGCCCCCACCGUCAGGGCCUCGGAAGAUGAUCCCAAUAACGGCGGAGAAGUUCCAGCAGUCGACGCUAGAGCUCCUGCGCGCGUUCCCACUACCCCGGAUGCACAUGCACUCGUCAUGA